CAGGUGCCUUUAAAAGGAAAGCAAAAAGGUUGGUUUUAGUUUGUGGAGUAGACUGCAUACACUGACCAUGGCAUCUGAAAAGCCGAUCCUUUAUAGCUACUUUCGAAGUUCCUGCUCAUGGAGAGUGAGAAUCGCACUUGCUCUGAAAGGGAUUUCCUAUGACCUGGUGCCAGUCAACCUCCUGAAGGAUGGGGGGCAGCAGUUUUCUGCUGAAUUCAAGGCAAUUAACCCAAUGCAGCAAGUCCCAGCCUUGAAAAUUGAUGGCAUCACCCUUUCUCAGUCACUAGCUAUACUUCAUUACCUAGAGGACACCCAUCCUAACCCCAGGCUCCUGCCCCAGGAUCCAAAGAAAAGAGCCCAAGUCAGAAUGAUUGCUGAACACAUCGUCUCUGGCAUUCAGCCACUCCAGAACCUGAGCAUCCUGAAUCAAAUGGGGGAGAAAAAAAUGGAAUGGGCUCAGAACUGCAUCACAUCUGGCUUUAAAGCGCUGGAGCAGAUUCUGCAGCACACUGCUGGGCGCUACUGUGUGGGGGAUGAAGUUUCCAUGGCUGAUCUGUGCUUGGUACCUCAAGUUUUCAAUGCUGAAAGGUACAAAGUAGAUAUGGGUCCAUAUCCUACAAUAACCAGAAUAAACAAAGCUCUCCUGGAGUUAGAGGCAUUCAAAGUAAGCCACCCAUCCCGGCAGCCAGAUACUCCUGCAGAGCUGCGAGCUUGAAGCCCUUCUACUCAUUAAAUCAAGUAAGGUGGCAAAGAAAACAGGUACAGCUUGAGUAGGACUUCAGUGCCAGCAGGAAGCCCUAGUACCAUUGUCUCACUUUCAUCUGAGUGGGAAGACAGACAGAGGAUCUGGAAGUAGCCUGGAUGGGAUGCUUGGUGCCAUGGUUUAGUUGAUUAGAUAGUGUUGGAUGAUAGGUUGGACUCGAUCUCAAAGGUCUUUUCCAACCUGGUUAAUUCUAUUCUAGGCCUGUGCUGGAAAGUUUGCAGCUAUUUCUGACUAUAUUUUUUUCUAUCUGAUGUAUCUCCAUGAAACAAUUAAAGCAGAAGUAUCCAUAAUUA